ACUCGUUUGAUACUCAUCCUUCAAGACCACACUAGAUCAACAGCACUCCUCUCAUAAUGGCCCCCAUCCACGUCGGCUGCCCACUCUUCGAUUACCAGACGAUCGACGUCAUCGGCCCAUGCGAUCUGCUCAAUUCGGCGAGUAAGAUGCUUCUGGACGGCAUCAAUCACUACGCCCCGGUCGACCCAGACCUUCUGGCCAAGGCGCCCGAGUUUGUCUUCCACCAUAUCGGCGCGACCAUGGAGCCGGUGCACCUGCUGACCAGCGCCAUAACCGUCAUGCCUACGGUGACGGUGGACGAGGUCCCCGAAUUGGAUAUCCUCAUCGUCGGGGGGGAUAUCCCCGCCAAAUCCCAGCUUCCACCGAAGCUACAGGCCCUCAUUCGCCGCCAUGCGGCCUCGGGAAAGUUACUCUUUACGACGUGCACCGGAGCCGCGGUGGUGGCCGCCACCGGCGCUCUAGACGGCCGCAGGGCCACCGUCAACAACCUCGAAUACAACUGGAUCAAGAAGCGAUACCCGAAGGUCAAGUGGACCAAGGAGAAGAAGUGGAUUGUGGACGGCAACAUUUGGACAGGGAGCGGAGCGGUGGCGGGAAUGGACAUGGUCGCCCACUGGAUCAAAGAGACUUAUGGGCUGGACCUGCUGACUGAAGCGGCAUUGUCGCUGGAUUUUGAACCACGCGAUGUCGACGGACUCUUCAACAUCCUACCGCAGCGAUACGACUCGACUGGAAACAAGAUCUCCACCCAUGUCUUUCCCGAUGAGGUCUGAGGUGGUGCGAUGCUGAACCGGAGCCGUGC